AUUAUAGUUUCUAUAAGACUAGUAACUCAAACUCACCCUGUAUAUUCUGUACAAAGGAAAUCGAGACUUUCCCACGGUUCUAAUCGCCCUGCCGUGCUGAUGCAAUCAUUUUGAAUCAAGUAAUAUUUGUCCUAAUUUUACUAUUGGCGGCACUGCUCAAGAAAAAAAUCCCCAGAUAAGACACCAUACAAAAGUCAAAUCAACGCCAUUUUCUAUUUGUCAGAUUGUAACGCAAUAUAAAUUGUUUGUGUUUGUGAACAAAGAAUUUUUAUUUAUCCAGUAAUAACGUCAUAAAAAAGUAAGUACGCCUCAUUAGUGUUGAAUUUAGCUGUUAAAACAUCUACUUGAAAUAAGUAUUUAGCAGCACAACUUGCUAGGUAUAUCAAAGAAGUCAGCUGAUAUUGUGUUGUCUGCUCUUCAAUUUCUGGUAUCAGCAGAGUAGAAAUUACAAGAGAAACAUGGCUAGUCGAAAGAAGACUCUCUUGAAAGUAAUCAUCUUGGGUGAUUCAAGUGUUGGUAAAACAUCCUUGAUGAAUCAGUAUGUGAAUAGAAAAUUCACAAAUCAGUAUAAGGCCACCAUUGGUGCUGAUUUUCUCACAAAAGAGUUGACUGUAGAUGAUAGGACAGUUACCAUGCAGAUUUGGGACACGGCAGGUCAAGAACGAUUCCAAUCACUCGGAGUGGCAUUUUAUAGGGGAGCUGACUGCUGUGUUUUAGUGUUCGACGUGACAGCCCCCAACACAUUCAAAUCUCUGGACAGUUGGCGGGAUGAAUUUCUCAUACAGGCCUCUCCCAGAGAGCCCGAAAACUUCCCGUUUGUCCUCCUGGGCAAUAAGGUAGAUCUGGAACCCAGAGCCAUCUCUUCCAAACGAGCUCAACAGUGGUGCCAGUCCAAAAAUAAUAUACCAUACUUUGAAACGUCGGCAAAGGAGGGCCUGAACGUGGAACAAGCCUUCAUGGCCAUAGCAAAGAAUGCCUUAGCCCAGCAAAAUUCCACAGUUGAUUUGUACAAUGAGUUCCCUGACCAGAUCAAGCUAACCAACACGCAGAAGCCAAGUGGAGGCAGUGGAUGUUGUCAGUAAAUAAGAAAAGGACAGCUGGCUGAAACCAUUUGGGAUUCAGUUGUUUUUUCUAGUAAAUUUAUAUCGAUAAGAAAUUAUCAUUGAGAGAAUGGAGAAACGUCGGGUAUGAGCAAAAACGAGCUGGAAAGGCAUAUGAUUGAAGAAGGAAAGGGGAUCUGGGGAUUAUGCUGUAUAUCAUUUUUGGAGGUUUCAAGUUCUUCUAUUUGUAUUCAGUAUAACAUAUUCCAAAUAAUAAUACAACACUCAUUUUAAGUACAGUAUAUUCUCAGGAUGAUUUAUAAAAAAUACUCCUUGCUAAACUAAUAUUGUAAGUAAACAUUCAGAACUAUAGGUCCCUACUCAAAAUAAGUUUGGUGACCCUCACUUUAUCAACCAUAUCAAAAUUGUUGCCAUUUGCUUAUACACGUUUGUUUACAUUUGUAGAAGUUGCUACUAUUUUGAUAAUAUCUUCUCUACAAAUAUGGACAGCUGAUUUUUAUAUCUGUUACCUACUUCUCCUGUAAAAAUCGCUGUGUAGUUAAUAUUAUAAAAGUUCUAUUCCAAACAUCUAUUAAUUAUUGCAUUCUCAAUACAAAAUUUUUAACUAGACCACAGUGCAUGGGUCUAUGCAUGUGUAUAAUCUUUUCAGAUUUUGCACAUCACUAAGAGUUCAGUUCAAAAUUCGUUCUCUUGCACGGUCAGUAUCUGGCUUUAUUUUUUGAUCUAGUUUUCAUGUUUAAUUAUCAUCUACACCAAAAUUGAUCUUAGGUAAUAAAAUCGCGCGUAUGCGGUGUGAACGUCAAUGUCUGCAGACGAGGAAGAGUUCUUAUAUAAAUAUAAAUUCCUUCUAUCAGUCUUUCCCGCCCGAAGUGUGAGCGUCCAAAAUACAGCAUACUUGUUAAGCCUCUCAGUUGUUUUUCAUGCAUCAUGUCACCGCGGAAGUAGAUUACAACAUCUGGUCAUGGUGGAUAGCAUCUCGCUGUCCGUCAAAAUAAAAAGAUCUGGUGAGACAACUGUAUCACAAAUUCAUUUUCUGAUUAUAUCGCCCCACAAGCAAUAUAAUCAAUAAAUUUUUACAAAAGGGGUACAAUACGUACUUUCCAGCUCGACUUCACUGAUAUAGCACUAUUCUUAUUUAUUUUGCGCCUUAAAAACAAUCUUCAGAUUCGGUAUUCUUGGCUUAAAUGUGAUAAAUUACUUUUUUUACUCAAAUGUAUUUUUAGUCUAUACAUACAUUAUUUACGUGAAACUAGAGCCUAUUUUCUCUGUUUAAUUUCUGUGCUUCUUAUGUUGGAUUGGAUAUGCAAUAUUUUACUAUGUACAUAAUAUAUAUGAAAUAUGAAAAAAUAUUUAUAUUAUAGUUGCCUUAAAGUUAUUUCUUUAAUUUCUAACUGUAAUCACUACAUCGUAAGGUUUUUGACAUGCUAGGUACUGAUGCGAUUUUGUUUAUAGAUGCCCACAAUCUUAUUUCUUAACGUAGCGUUUAGAGUAUACACACCAAAACGAUCGAUUCAUAUUAACCCAUUGAUUCUAUGUUGAGAGUAUCAAAGUCGGUAGUAGCGAAAACUGUUUAUAUUUACUUUCGUAUUGUUAUGCUAUGAUUAGAGAUGGUCAUUAUUGUGGAUUAAAUUUGUAUAUUAUAACAUUAUAUAAUAAAUAUAUAGGAGACAUUUUAUAUUACUCAUUUAUUGUAUACUAGCCUAAACCCGCGGCUGCGCCCGCGUGGAAGUAGUCUAAAGUACGAGUCAUUCGUCUUGCAUUAGUAUUAAGGAGAUUGGCUCCCGAGAAAGAAAUUCAGUAUGCAUAUUAAUGCACUAAUUUUUUUGGCAAGCUACAUUUUUAUUCAACAUUUUAAUGCAACAAUAAAUUAAUAUCAAAUGUGUAAUCCGAAUCAAUAAAUAAUACGCGAAGUACCUCGCAGCCUGUGUGGCAUAUCCUAA